UAGCGCGUAUACACCGUUACUACUGUGCACGCUAGAACAGGAGAAUACACCCUACGGCACGUGCACCAUAGCAAAAACUCGAAGAAGACGAGACAGUGAGAAAUGUGAUGAACGAAGAACAAUUGCAACAAUCGGAAGAAGAAGAAAAUCGCAACCUGAGAGAAUAAGCUACUAAUCUAAUGGAUUCUACCGAAUCACAAACGGAUCCGGUUUCUCUCGAAAACCGACCCGGAAUCUUCAUCAUCGGAUCCUCCACCGUCGGAAAACGCACUCUUCUAUCCCGAUUACUCUCUGUUGAUUCUGAAGAUGCUUUUGAUUCAGCUUCUGAAGUAAAUAUCCAUGGGUGGACUAUUAAUACUAAGUACUAUACUGCUGAUGUUGCUGUUUGGAUGGCACAUCUUCAUGAUGGUUUUUCUGUUGAGAAUCUACCCGCGUUUCAAAGAAUGACGGCUUUGGUGAUGGUCUUUGACAUGAAUGAUUUAUCUUCCUUAACUGCACUUCAAGGCUGGGUAUCACACACCGAUAUCCAAAAUUUUGAGAUACUACUAUGUAUUGGAAAUAAAGUGGACCUUGUUCCAGAUCAUCCAGUUCAUGUUGAAUACAGAAGACGGUUGCUGAAACUUGAAGAUUCUGCUGUGGAUCUCUAUUCUGAAUUCUCUGAGUUUGGAAUAUCCGAAACUGAAGGAACUAGUUUGUUGGGGGGUGAAGAACCAUCCUGGGACAUCAGAAAGUCGUGUUUGGAAUGGUGUGCUGAGCACAAUAUUGAGUUUAUUGAGGCUUGUGCUUCCAAUGCCGAUUUUGAUAAAUGCUUGUCUGUUGACGGUGAUUUACAAGGAGUUGAACGCAUCUAUGGUGCACUUUCCGCCCAUAUGUGGCCUGGGAUGGUAUUGAAAUCCGGUGAAAGGAUAAGCCAACCUUCAUUUCCUGAGAUGGAAGAGAUAUCUUCGGAAGAAUCUGACUAUGAGCAAGAUUAUGAAGUUUUAUCAGCUGGUUCAGCGGAUUGGGACGAAACUGAACAAGGAUGGAUUUCUGCAACUUCCUUAGAUGCAGGGGGGUCAUCAGCUCCACAAAACAAUCCCAACACAUCUUGUGAACAUGAUGAUGGAAGUAAAUCCGAUAAAGAGCUCCAGCGCACAACCUCAAGCGCUGCAUUUCAGGAUGAGGGUGACACGGCUGUGGUGCACAGUAUCGUAGAUUCUGAAGGAGAUGGGAAGUUAGAUGACAGUGACUGUCUCGAGAUAGAGGAUUUGGAACAGUUGAUGUCUGAGAUUGGGAAUAUGCGCUCAGGCGUAAGAUUGAUGCCUGAUUUUCAAAGAAGGGAAAUGGCCGCAAAGCUAGCUAUGAAAAUGGCUUCCUUAUUUGGAGGAGAUAGUGAUGACGGGGAAAUUUAGUUGGUAUUGUUAAUUCUACGUAUGUGAUUCAGUUAUAAUUAUUAGGUUACAUCGACAAAUGUAUUCUCAGUGAUUUUACACGAGUCAUCAUGUCGAGGCGAUUAGCAACCUCUGUUGUCCAAGGAUGAUGCUGAACAUGAUCGAAGCUCAGUUAGUCCUGUUCUGUCAUACACUGUUCAAUAGUCCUAUUUUGUGAGCAGAACUUUUUGUUUAAAAUUAAAAAUCUAAUAUGUUUAGGCAGGUUUCAUGAUACUAAACUUGGUGGUAAUGGUGUGUAAAAAUUUGGUAAGCAUGAUGUCGGUACAUGUGGCAAUUUGUUAGUGUUGAAAAUGAUAGAAAAGUGUACUUAAAGUCAAAGUGUUUUAA